CGUCACGUGAUCGGGGGAGGAGCAAAGACCACGCUCAUGCGCGUUUGGCGUGGAGCCGCCAUUUUGUGUACGGUGCUGUUGUGUGGAGGUGGUGGCCGUGCUUGCUUGGUCGGUCGGUCUGCCAGCAUUGCUUUUUUUCCCCCCUCCUUAAUCCGUUGAAUCGCCGCACGGUACAGCAUGGCGGACAGUCAGUCUCCCGCAGACCCCAGCGCUAGCCAUGACACCGAGACCAAGAAACUGAGCGAGCUGCGCGUCAUAGACCUGAAGGCCGAGCUGAAACGGCGCAAUGUGGACACGGGCGGCAACAAAAGCGCCCUGAUGGAGAGACUGCGCAAGGUGAGAGCUGCGGGCACUCCGGCACUAAAAUACAGAGAGAGAGAAAUAUACAGCGAGAGGAAUAAAAUAUAAAUAGAUGUUAUGGGAGAGGCGGGUGGUGGAUGUAGUCAACUAAUAAAAUAUACAUUUAUUAUUAUUAUUAUUAUUAUUAAAACGGCAGAGGCAGGUGGUGAGUCUAAUUGCGCUAUAAAAGGCCAUAAAUAUAUGCAAUGGCAGAGAGGCUCAGGGUGCAAUUCAGUAAUAAAACAAACCUUUAUGUAACGGGAGAGAGGCUGAUGGGUCUAAUGGUAAUAUGUGUGUCUAUAUAUCUAGCUCAUGCAUUCAUCGGUCGAGAGGCUGAUGGAUGUAAUGGUAAAAUAAAUAUAUAUGUAUAUGUAAAGAUGCUGAUGGCUGUAAUGGGGGUGAUGAAAGGUCAUAACCCUCUUGUGUUCUGGGAAAUGUAGUCCAGCACACGUGGACAUGCAAAACAAACACUAGAUUUUAAGAGAGUUAAUGCCGGCAUGAUAUAUUAUAAGUGUUAUAUUUUGCAAUCCUUAUAUCAGUAUUAAACACUUUUGGGUUCGCAAAGUUCUAAGAGAGAAGCAGUUGGCAGGGACACUUUGAAUCCAUGAUGCCUCCUCACUUUGUAGAAUUUCUCACCAAUUCCUUUGGUUUUGUUUCACCACAUCACAACUUACUAUAUUAUAUUUCAUUUUGUCACAUCCUCUUUUUUUUUUUUUUCUGUUCUAUCUUGACCUGAAUUGGGGGACACUUUGGUGCUGCUUUCCUCCCCUUAAAGGGAAUUUAUAGUGUUAGCAAUACGUGUUCCUAACACCACUAUAUUGCUCUCUUGUUCCCGCGUCUUCUCACAAAAAAGGGGUUUAAAAAAAAAUUCUGAAAACACUGACUUAACGCUUUCUUAUGGUGGUUUUAAGGAUUCUGGAUGUCCUCAUGCGGACGUCCAGCAUCAGGUCACACAGUCUGGUAAAUUCCCGGAAGCGGCUAGAGGCUCUUUGCAAUGCAAUGUAAACAUUGCUGGAUUGAGACAGGGAAAUUGCACUCUGACCACUUUAAUGAGCUGAAGCGGUCUGGAUGCCUAUAGUGUCCCACGGAGGACCGAAUACAAUAGGCUCACUGGCAGGCGAAGAAAGCAGCCAUGUGCUUUGUGGAGGAGUAGUAUUUCGCCUCCAUCAUGCAGAGUGUCCAUAGGAACGCAUUGAGAAAUGCUUUCCUAUGGACACUCCGAAUGCGCGCGCGGCACUUGCCGCGCAUGCGCAUAAGGCUCUGCUGACAUCGACAGAGGAGAGGUCACCAGUGCCAAGGGAGCUGGAUUAAGGUAAGCUGCUGAAGGGCUUUUACCCCCUUCAGCGCCACAGGUGGGGGCACCCUCAGGGCACUGUAGUGUCAGGAAAACAGCUUUGUUUUCCUGACCCUAUAGUGAUCCUUUAAAGGGACACCAAAACAACUUUAGCUUAAUGAAGCAGUUUUGGUGUAUCGAUCAUGCCCCUGUAGUCUGUUACAUUUGGUGCCAUUUAGGAUUUAAAUAACUUUGUUUGUACAGCCCUAGUGAGAUUUCCUUGCAUUAGACUUGCACAGCAUUGAUAAAACUUCCUGUAAAGAGUCAUCUAAUAUUUAUACUACUUUUAUUGCAAAUUCUGUUUACUUGAACACUUCUUAUCUUCUGCUCUGUUAAAAGCUUGCUAGACCUUGCAGGAGCCCACUGUGUGUGAUUAAGGUUGUUUGCAGAGAAGGAGAUUAAAACUUUAAAAAAAAUAAGUUAACAUGUGAAAUGUAUGCAGGGUGUGUCAGUCAUAUCCUGGGGAGUUGUGCCUAGGGCUCAGUAGAUAGAAACAAACAUGAUUUGUAACUCCUAAAUUGCAGAGAAUUGAGCAGGGGCAUGAUAUGUACACACAAACUGCUUAAUUAAGCUAAAGUUAUUUUUGGUGAAUAUAUUGUACCUAAUUUAUUAGUAAAAGUGCAGAUUUGUAAUAGAAAUACACUUUUUUUUAUAAACUGGCUUUGAAAUGGAUAAUCCAUGCACACAAAACACUUUAACAAGUUGAAGUGCUCUAUAUGUGUAGAGUGGUCCUUUAAAGGACCACUCUAGGCACCCAGACCACUUCAGCUUAAUGCAGUUGGUCUGAGUGCCAGGUCCUUCUAGGGUUAACCCAUUUUUUCAUAAUUAUAGCAGUUUCAGAGAAACUGCUACAAUUAUGAAUGGGUUAAGCCUUCCCCCUAAUCCUCUAGUGGCUGUCUCAUUGACAGCUACUAGAGGCGCUUGCGUGCUUCUCACUGUGAAAAUCACAGUGAGAGCACGCCAGCGUCCAUAGGAAAGCAUUGUAAAUGCUUUCCUAUGAGACCGGCUGAAUGCGCGCGCAGCUCUUGCCGCGCGUGCGCAUUCAGCCGGCGGGGCGUAACGGAGGCGGAGAGGAGGAGGAGAGCUCUCCGCCCAGCGCUGGAAAAAGGUAAGUUUUUACCCCUUUCCCCCUUCCAGAGUCGGGCGGGAGGGGGACCCUGAGGGUGGGGGCACCCUCAGGGCACUAUAGUGCCAGGAAAACGAGUAUGUUUUCCUGGCACUAUAGUGGUCCUUUAACUUGCAUGACCUUGUUGAACAGCCCACAGUCAGUGUGCAGUUUCUUGAGUGAUCGGGUAACAGAUAUCCAUGGGUAAUCAACACACCAGUCUCUUAGCAAAUUGUCUAUUUACAGUCAGAUGCUCACUUCAGUGGCAUUACGUGAUUUUAUAAGUCAUGCACAUCAAAACAGAACUCUUGUAAAUCCAUUUGGCAGCCAAACUUGCCUCUGUGAAAAGGCGGUUUUUACAUGGCUUCUUAGGAACACUUCUAGUGGAAGUCACUCAGAUGGCCACUAGAGGUGCUUCCUUGGUCAAUAUUGAUUCAGAUUCAACUUUUGUGUCACUACCAUGUGCAUACAGGGUAAACGAAAUACAGUUGGCCUCUGAACAGACAAUGCAGCAGUAAUUUUAUUAAAAAAUAAAUAAGUACUGUUUAAAAACAUACUUUCAGUGUAAGCUUUCCAAUCUAUACUUAAUACCACAAUUUCCUAAUACUGAAGAAUACAAUGUUUCUUCAUUACUACCGAUUUCCAGCUUAAAAAUGCAUUGACAUUAGAGUGCCACCAAUCCAGUGUCUUCACGCUCUGGAUGUUCCUCAUAGAGAUGCAUUCAUUCAGUGCAUCUCUAUGAAGUGAUGCUGAUUGGCACAGUGCACUGUUUUGCUGUGAAUGCUCAAUAGCUUUUGGAUUGGCUAAAAACAAUUUUGAUGAUCUCAGCCAGGAAAGCAGAACAGGGUAGGAGCCAGGUACGACGAGACCAGUGUGGCCCAGGAAAAAAGGAGAGUUUAAACACCUUUUACUCCUCUAAUAGGGGAGUUUAUAUAGCUGUAGUGUCAGGAAUAUGUUGUAUACUUGACACUAUAGUGUUCCUUUUGAAUUGUAGUAUUUUUUUGUUUUGUAAAUAAAUCAUUUGGGUUUUUCAGAUUGUGAUUGAAAACCUUAUCCAAAAGAAUUGAAUUAAAGCCAUAGUUAGAAAAAAGGAACGGGUAUAAAAAAGUAACUUGCUUUAAAUCAUUUCCACAUGCAUUGAAUACACAAAUCUCAAAGACACAUAUUUUCAAUGUAAAAUAUCUCUUCUUUGUUUCAGUGCUACCAUCUUUGUGUAACACCCACCUCUGGUUCGUACUCUGCACCACCUGCUGUCUUAUGCAAUUUAUUAUGCUUGGGGACCUUUCCUAAAGCAGAGCAAACCUCCUUUGUGACUUUUGUCAGGCUGGCUUAGUUGCCAGCAUAACGGUUUCUAUUCCUUUACUCCUUAGUUAGCAAGGUCUGCUAGGUCUUUUCUGCUCUCCCCUGUCAGUCAAAUCAUCAGCAUAGUAUAUGCAAUAAGGUUUUACUGAGAAGUAGGAGAAAGAUCUGUUAUUAAAUGUACAUGUUUUUUCACAAGGUGUAAAUUAAAGUGACUCUAUAGUCCCCAAAACAACUUUAGCUUAAUGAAGCUGUUCUCUUUGCAUGAGGACUGUGAACCUUAACUUCAUUCUGAUUUGCCAGUUGCAAUAGACAAAUUAUGUAUAAUGUGCCAGAGAUUCUUUUGUGAUGGAUAAUGUUCACAACAUUAUUUCCAUUGUCCCCUUGUCUAUGAAUAUAUUUACCAAAUUUGUUUUAAAUGCCAAGUAAACUUGCUACUUUUUCUUCUCAGGCAAUUGAAGAGGAAGGUGGAAAUCCAGAUGAAAUCCAGAUUGCUUCAGACACUCCAAGUAAAAAGACUCCUAAGCGAAGUGGCAGAGGUGUGUUUAUUUGAUCUGGAAUGGGGGCAAUGGUGAACUUUUUAUGGAUGAAUAGAUUGAGAAAUAGGAAUUUGAAGGAAAGGUGACGAUACAUAGGACAACAUAUGCCAUGAGAAUGGACAAUGGAAAAACUGAAAUAAGGAAAUAAUAAAAAUUGAUUAUUCGAGCUGUAACUUGAUUUCUUAAAGGGACAGCUCAUUAAAUUGGGCUGUGAGCAGUUCCAAAGUCAUUUUAACGCUGCAAUUGUCAUUAUUGCACUUAUUGAUAAACUGCAAUAAUGACAUUGCAGGCUUAACCCACCUCUGUGGCACCCCCGGGUCGUGACAUUGGACAUCCUCACGAGUGCAUGAUUGCAUCAGCUAAAACAGUCUUGCUCCAUGAGGCAUUGGCACUCGAUUCAAGGAAGUGACAAAUAGUUUUAACACUUUCUGAACUUUUUGAAGAGGGGGGGCGGGCGCUGAGAAACUAUAGUGUACUAUAGUGCUAGGAAUACACUUUUCAAUUCCUAGCACUAGUUUCCCUUAGGAUAUUGGACACAUUGAGUUUAUGAUCAAUGAUCCUGCCAUUUAAUAAACAUAUUGUGACUUUUUUCCUUUUAAACAGUUCGUAAGCUUGAAGAGGAGGGAGCUGAAGAUAAUGGUAUGGAGGAUGAUUCUGGGGAUAACCAGGUAAUGCAGAUUUAUAAUUUUAGCUCCUCGGAGUUCUCCUGUUACAUUUAUUUGUUUUUGUUGCAUUAUUUACUCUGCUUCAGUUUCUCUGCCAAAAUACUCUUUGGUUUUUAUUUUCUAUCCAUCUGAAAAUGUUAACUCUCUAAUGACCUUCUUACAGUAACCUAACAUUGUCUCUUAAAGUGGCAUUGUUCUAAACACUGCAACAUGCUGUAGUUAUGUUGCCAGAACUCCCUGGGUGAGUGAAAUUGUUUGAUAUUUACUCCCUUACCUGCAGUCCAGUCCCUAUUCAGGUAUAGUCAAAGCAGAAAUUCCUACUUAUGCGUUGGAUAACACCUUCGUUCCAUUUGGACAUUGCCAAUUAUACUUUGUUUUUCUAGGAGUUUGCCUUUGUGCGAGGCAGUUCAGUGAAAUAGAUUACACUGAAUGUUUAUAACUUGCAUAUAGCAUAAACCUUUCUUUAUGUGUACAUAGAAAUCACAGCUUAUAUAGACAUUCAUGGGAAAACAAUGUCCAUUUUAAAUCUCAUCACUUUUAUUUUUUAAGUCCUAUUAAUGCCCUUAGUAAUCACGAGACACUGCUUUAUGCUUGAAUGUAUUUUAUUUUUUUUAUACAAAAGGGGGAGAAAAAUGUUAUGGGUAGUUAUGAGCAAAAACUGUAACUGUAAAUUGGAUUCGUAUCAAAACAAUAUUGGUUAAAAUAAUUAGGUAGAACUGCUAUUGGUGAGAAUUAUUUGUCCCAAAUUGUGCAAUUUAUCUUUAUGCAGUUUGGUUACAAUUAGAGGGACAGGAAAGGAUAAAUCUAAAACAAGAUUGUGGAACAGAUACUCUGUGUAAAAGAGAGCAAGAGCAUACAGUGUAAUAUCCUAUGGCCACAUACACCACUAGUUUGCACAGUUUUGGCAAAAUGUCAAAGUACAGAUGUAUUGUAGCAAAAUUAAAUUUCAAUUUGCACUACUUUGACGACACCGCAAGUGCAACCCAAAUAAUCUAGCCACUUUAAGGUUUAAGGAAGCAGUUUUCAUAUUAUGGGAUAUCUUUUUUUGCCCUAAAGGAGUUAUGCUCAGUGCAGUUAUAGUGGGCCUUCUGAUCUGGCGUCAUGAGCUGUUCUCAUCGUCAAUACAGAUUACAAGAGGUUAUGUCUAUUUAACUCUCAUUUAGGCUGGACACCAACCAUGGACCACUGUAUUUAAUCUGCUAGAAAGUGCUAAACUAUGCAAGGAGGUCUUUUGAAACUUACCAUGUUCUAGACAUUCUGGAAGAUGCGUUUUCAGUGAUCAGUCCUAUCUUCUCUGUUGCUGUUCUUCUUUUACCAACUACCUAGCUUAUUUCCAGUAAUGUGGUUUUUCGCUGCCUUUCUUGAUCUCCAUUGCAACAAAACAGAGCAUAUGAGAACUCGUAAGAGCAAAUAAAAGCUUAGAGAAACAAUUUAGUUUGCCCUUUUGUUUAGCCAUGCUCAGGUCUCAAUGGGUUGGCUCACUUGUUACAUUACAAAGAGAAACUAUACCAUUUGUAUAUCAAACUCAUCCCAACCAGAUAGGACAGUACCGAACAGAUUCUGCCAGCAAGAGAGAGAUCGCAACCCCGGAUGAGUGUUCAGUCUUUUUUGGGCCUUGUCAGCAAGGUGUAGCUGAUACCCCUAUAGGCACAAUGACCAUGUCGUCCAUGUCUGGGUUACCCUCUUUUUUUUUUUCUUUUUUUUUUUUUCUCUCUCUUAGAGCCAUUUCAAAUUGCAUUGCAACAAAAACUGAGAGAAUCUGAAAACUGUCUUGACCCCCAUGCUCGAUUUAACUAUACAAUUUGGGUUUUCAGCUUUACAAGAUCAGGAAAACUUUACAUAUUUCCAGCUAUUAUAUCCUAUUUUUUUGUCCCUUCUGUUCCCUCAUAUUUUGGGGGGCAGUUGCUUCCCUCAUUAACUGGAAGGCUCUCGAUUUGUGGCAUAAGAGGCUGUGCAUUUUCCUGCACCUGUUCUACAAAGCUACUGAACAAAAUACACCCAGCCCUUACAAAAUGGAAGCAAUAAUGAGUGACCUGUAGAGAACAGUGCUUUUUGUAUAUGCACGAACAGCUCUGACUUUGCAAGUGAAGGAAGCGGAUUUGGGGUGCGAGAUCAUAACAUAGACAUUCAUAUUCUGAAUGUGAAAGCAUUGUUCCCCAAAUUACAUCAGAUAUUACAUGAUGUGUUAUGGGAUUUGUAGGCUUUAUUUAAAAAGCAGAGGAAUUUGGAAGAUGGGUUUACAGGGACCGUCUCCUCAUGCCAUAAGUUGUAGUGGUUUUGGUGUUGUGAUUGUUAAUGUAGCCCUUAUGUUGCAUCGAGCUUUUCUAUCUAAUUAUUUUAGUCAUUAAAAUGGAGGAGCCUAAAUGGGUAAAAAAAAAAAUUUUUAGAGACGGAUAUUUAAUCCUAAACAGUAUUUCAUUUCUCUCUAACUCUCUCAUGGGGCGUUUUAAUGGCUUGCCAAAUAUAGUUAAAGGGUUCUUUAACUGUAUUUGGCAAACCAUUACCACCCCCCACGAAAGAGUGAGGAAAAAAAUUUUUGUUAGUGUGCAAAAUAAAAACAAAUCCAUUUUGAUAAAUCAAAGCGUAUAUGUGAGGAUAAUUACUUUUUCUUGAGCAUGUAAGUGAGAGCUCAAUAUGACUGAUCAGUGAAGGUAAUAAAUUUGACAGGCGUGUUAAAUCUCUCAUAUUUUCUUUAUCAAAAUCUGAGAUUCCAUGUUCAUGAGGAUUGUAUAUUCCAAGCUUGAGAAGGUGUUUAUGCAUGAUAGAAAUUUACAGGUGAUGUAACCAGUGCACCGUUCUUUGACGGUAGAGUUGCUUCUCAAUAUAAAAUAAAGUAAAUAUUUACAGUUUGAUGUGGAAAGAUUUAAAAUACAGUAGGGUGAUGCAAGAGGAAAAAGUUAAACGAUAUUUGAUGUAUAACACCAACAGAUGCCUCAGUGUUGGAUGCAUUAUAUGUGUCUUGCAAAACUUGCACUAUUUUCUAAUUGUCCUGAACUUUACCGAUCAUAUCUACUGUGCAACUGUUCUUAUUUGUGAGUGCCCGUCCUGUUUCAGUACAUUUUAAUUUGACUGUAGAUGUGUUCUGAUUGCCAGCCCAUGUUUCACCUGUUUGACUGUUUUGUUCGAAAAGGAUUUGCAGUUUUAUUAAUUUUUAUUUUUUUUCCUAGGAGAAUGAAGAAACCAGCCAGGAACAAGGUACUGCGUUAUUGUAUAGAUGUCUAUUUCUAUGUUUUUGAUUUGUUUUGUUUUUUUGGUUUUCCUCUUUUAUUUUUAAGUUUAUAUUCUGGCCACAUUUUUUUUUUUCUUGAAUCAUGGGCCACAGAGAUUGGAAAAGCAUAGCCACCAGAUCUGUUAAAAUUCUGUAUAUUUUAUCUUGAUCUUAAUUUUCACAGAUUUGGUGACAUUAGCAGUGUUUGUAAUUUAAAUGAUAAAUAGGGAAGAGCAGCCACUUUGCCAUCGUAAUGAAAGCGAACUGUCAAUACAAGAAGAUCAAAGUCAUUCUUGAGGAGAACCAACUUGAUUCUCACGGUGCUUUAAUGUUGCAUUGUUCUUACCUGCUGGAUCAAAGGAAGAUAUCUUACUUGUAUUGGACCUUUCUGUAAAAUGAAAUUUCUUUGAAAUUGGAAGCUAAUUUCAGCAUGAAAUGCCUAGAAACCAAAUGGACAUUCAGAAGCUGAUUCUUGAAGAACAGUACUUGAGAAAAUAAACGUGAAGAUAGUCGAGGCGCAUCCUGAAGUUUAGUCAGGUUUUUUUAAAUUUAUAAGUUUGGGGGGUAAAAUCAAUUUUUUCAUCUUUUCAGUUCAAUGCCUGUUUUCAGUAACAUAGAUUUUUCCAAUCUCUGUAGAUCUUAUUUGGCAUCCAUGCCAGUUCCACACUUGUAAUUGCUGUUUUUCCUUGGUAAUUAAAUUUUGUGCCGUUCUAUUCCUAUUAAAUCUAUAGAAAAUGAGAGAGUGCUCGACAUAUUGGGGGAAACUGGUAAAUCUGAGCCACUUAAGGAAGAUGUUCCAGAAGUGGAGGAGUCAGAUAACCAAGAUGAAAGUUGUGUGGAGCAAGAGAAGACCAGCGAGGAAGAUGUUUUUGUGACCGUCGAAUCAGCAGACAGCACAUUAGAUUUAGAUGGCGAGUCAAAUCAAGAGUGUGUAACUGAAGAAAGUAACCCUUUAGAGUCAGAUGACAGGGAGUCUAAAGACCAGAGCGCACACAAGGAUUUUCUGGACAUUGAAAUGAUAGAGCUAGACAAAACAAGCAAUCAGUCUAAUCAAAAUCCUGAAAAUAUGGAAACUGAAGACAAGUCAUGCAUUGAGAAUGCCAGCGAUGGUGAAGACGUUCUAACGAAAACUGAAGAAAACACAGAGGAAGAAACAUCUGGCACUAACGUGUCCUUUACAAAAGAGGACGAUCAGAAAACGAGGUUUGUCGCUUUCUCAGUUCUAGACCAGAUGCUAUCUCUUAUUUUUCAUUAUUUUGUAUUUUUUUUAGAAAUAGGUAUUUAAAACACACGCUUACAAUUUUCUUUGCAAAUGACCACCUGUAUAGUCGUGGUUUUACUAGUUAUCUAACUUUUAAUUUUUUAAUUUUUUUUUUUGUAUUUUCGUUUGCAAAACCUAGAUGUGAAAUAUUAAUAUAUUUAGGCUAAUUGUUCUUCUAGGGGAUUGUAAAUGCAGACACGACGGUAGGUAUUGAAUUGCUUCAAAUGUUUAUCCUCUACUGACAGGCUUUGAUUUUUAUUUUUAUUUAGCUUGGUUGAUGAUGAAACUGAUAAAAGCAUCUCAAAGGAUGAGAAAGGUAUGUUAAAUUAUUUAAAGUUGAUCUAAUUAACAAAUCCUUGGUGUCUGGAUACAUACCCAAACUUUCGAAGACUGCAGGAGUAGUGCCUAUCCAUAAAAGUGGUGACACUACUUAGGUUUCUUACGAUCGCCCAAUAUCAUUGCUCCCAGUAUUGUCAAAAAUCUUAGAAAAAUUUGUCCAUACACAACUAUUUGAGUAUUACCAACAAUCUAAUUAUCUGACCCCCUGAUCAAUCGGGUUUUUGCCCGAAUCACUCCACUACAACUGCACUCUUAAAAGUUUGCGAUGACAGCCAAACUGGCAUGGAACAAGGAGACUUAACUGGAGCUAGUUUACUUGAUUUUGCAAAGGCCUUUGACACAGUAGACCACGACAUUCUACUGCACAAACUCAAAAACUCAGGUAUUGGUGAUUGUCCGCUAACCUGGUUUCGAUCGUAUGUAUCGGAUCGCUCACAAUAUGUGUCCAUUUCUGACAGUGACUCCCUCCCUCUUCCAGUCACGUGUGAUGUUCCCCAAGUUUCCAUUCUCUGCCCCCUACUAUUUACAUUAUUUAUAAGUGAUCUGCCUAAUGUCUGCAAAUCAUCAAAUGCACGCAGGCGACAGUAAUCUAUGCAAGCAAAUCCAAUCUACCGCAGGUUGUGGCUGUGCUCCAAAACCAGUUUACAGAGGUAGAAAAGUGGAUCGCAAAAAAAAAUCUUCCUAAACCCUGACAAAACUGUCACAAUGAACUUUGGAACAGUACCUAAAUUACACAAUUCCACCUAUCCAUCAAAACAAAUUCACCACAGUCCACUCUUUCAAAUACUUGCGUAUGUUGUUAGACCACUUAUCUCUUUUGGCCUCCACAUAGAAAAACUUGCAUCUAAACUUGAUCCAAAACUAGGUGCCCUGUACAGAAACAAAUCCUACCCAAGCCCUACAGUAAAGGAAAAGAUUGUACAGCAAAUGCUGAUGCCAAUCAUUGAUUUAUGGAGAUGUAGUAUAUGCACCUGCACCGCAAUCCCACUUUAAUAAACUCAAAACAUUGUAUAACUCGUUCUGCCAAUUUGCGCUACAAUGUAAUUACAGGACCCACCACAGUGACAUGCUAAAAUAACUAAACUGGCUGUCGCUGGAAUCCAGACGCACCCUUCAUCUUUCCAGCCUUGUGUUUAUGAGCUUUUCUGGGAAGCUCCAGCCCUACCUGAGCAGAAUGCUCUCCUCUGCUCUUCCCACCUCCUAUAACCUCCGAUCCAGUACCAGCACUUGAUUUAGUCUACCGAAAUACAAAAAGAAAGCAGCCCAGAUCCUCCUCUUCCUACAGAGCACCGCAAUUAUGGAACUACUUCCUACACAUUUUCAAAUCUUCACCAAGCCUUAAGUCAUUCCCUCUCUACAUACCUCAAAACAGAAUGCAUGUGCUAUGGUUGAUCAUAUAUUUCCUAUCUGUUCUAUGUUAAAUUUUGAAAAAAUUGUGUAUUAAUAUUGUUUUUGUAUUUUAAUUGUACUCUAUUGUAUCAAUGCAAUGUUUUGUGGACCCAGGACAUACUUGAAAACGAGAGAAAUCUUAAUGUAUCUUUCCUGGUAAAAUAUUUUAUAAAUAUAUAUUCUGUAAUAUGUGGUUGACAAGAUCACCUUGGGGUAUCAUAUAUAUUUGCUUGCAAAGGUUACAUUACCAGAAGUCUCAGCUCAGAAAGCUUACAUAAUGCUUUGUGAGUAGCUGUAAUUAACCCGACCCGUAUUGUGGGAAUGUACACGUGUGCAUGCCAAUUCUAAUUUAAAUUUAAUCUUGUUUGUUUUAUGCAGACCUUCCUUGGCUGUGACUGACACAGCCUACAGAAAUAGAAUUUUUUUUUUUUCAAUUAGAUGUAACUUGCAUUAAAAUUUUAAUCUCCUGCUCUGUAAAUUGAAUUACAUACAGGAGGUUCCUGCAGGAUAUCAGAAAUUCUAAAUUAAACAUAAUUUGUAAUAAAGUAUAAACAUUAGAUGGCUCUUUGCAGGAAGUGUUUAGGAAGGCUGUGUAAGUCACAUGCAGGUGUGACUACGGCUGAAUAUACAAUGUUAUUUAAAUCCUAAAUGGGAAUUGAGCAGUGAGACUGCAGGGGUAUGAUCUAUAGAUCAAAACUGCUUCAUAAACCUAAAAUUGUUUUGGUGUCUAUAGUAUCCCUUUAAGUUUGUUUUUCCCUAGAUAUUGGAUAACUUGACAGUAAUCAGAGUACAGGAUUAGAGGUUUAUACAUUUGCCAUUUAUGUAAUUCUAUUGGUUAAUAUUGUCAAAGCACCAAUGUAAAAUUUACAAAUUUCCUUUUGAACAAGGUCAACUUGAUGCCAGCUCUGGCAAAAAUCUGUGGGUUAGUGGCCUCUCAUCCACCACAAGAGCAACUGAUUUGAAAAAUCUCUUCAGCAAAUAUGGAAAGGUAAGUGAUGUGGAGUGACUAUUUUCCAAUUCCCAAAUAAUGAUUUAUCGUACAGUCUCCUUCCUAGUGCAAACUGUUCAAAAAAGAAACAAUACUUUCAUAAAGCUUAAUGUUAUUGGUGUUCUAGUUUUGAUUUUGAGUAGUGCACACAUAUCGGUGUCUAUUUAGAUUGAUACAUGCAAUCUACCUUUCUGCAUUUAGCAAACAGGCAGAGCGCUAUUAAAACAAAUUUCUUGGAAAUAUCAAUGGGGGUUAACCCCUACAAAUACGAAUUAAGUGAAAACUAAUGAUAUUUCCUAGAAAAAUAAUAGAAAAAAUAGAAAAAAAAAUUUCCUAGAAAAAACAAUUCUUUAGACAAUAAUUGAAAUAUAACUUUUAUUGGUCUUCUUUAAAAAUACUGUAAACAACCAGGUUAAAUUCUAAAAGCACUAUACACAGAAAUAUCACAAUAAUCAACCAAAUGAUAAUUCAAAGCUUACAAAUUCACUUUACUACUGAAGGAAAUAUCCCUAACCCAGCUGGAAGCUAAACGAAAAAUAAACUACAAAUUAAAAUAUUGUUGCAACAUGAUCAAGCAAUCGGUUGAACAAACUCGCAAAAAAAAUCAAUAAGUAGUUGCUGUUUAACCCCGUCCGCACGGAGUCAAUAGUGCACGUUCUGAUCAAAACAAAACGUAAACAAAAACUGGAAUUUGCGCUAUGUCUGUUCAACUGUAAUUCACCGCUGUCACAUUAAGUACACCCACACUUAUUAUAUAUCAUUUUGUUCAGGAGAAACAGGGCUUUAAUUUAGCAUUAACUAUUCAUAUAUGGAACAUAAUUUAUUAAAAAAUUUUAAAAAGUGAGAAAAUUUGUAUUUCCGUCUGACAUUUUAGCUGUGAAUGUCAUAAUACUGUUAGGUUUUACUGCACAAAAAUGCAUAUAUUUGUAAUCUGCAAUGUCUCACGAGUACAACAGUACCCCCCUCUCCCCCCAUUAACAGGUUUUAUGGUGUUUUGGAAAGUUACAGGGUCAAAUAUAGAACGUUCCAUUUUCAAAUUGAAAUUUGCCAGAUUAGUAAUGUUACCUUUGAGACGGUGUGGUAGCCCAGGAAUGAGAAUUACCCCCAUAAUGGCAUACCAUUUGAAAAAGUAGACAACCCAAAGUAUUGAAAGUGGGGUAUAUUUAGUCGUUUUUUUUUUUUUUUUUUAGUAGCCACAAACACUGGCCAAAGUUAGCGUUCAUAUUUGUUUUUGUGUGAAAAAAGCAAAAAAAAUAUUUGGCCAGUGUUUGUGGCUACUAAGAAAGACUGGACAUAUCCCACUUGCAAUACCUUGGGUUGUCUACUUUUGCAAAUGGUAUGCCAUUAUGGGGGUAAUUCUCAUUCCUGGGCUACCAUACACUCUCAAAGGCAACAUAAUAAAUCUGGCAAAUUUCAAUGUCAAAAAAAUGAAAUGCAAGCCUUAUAUGUGACUCUAACUUUCCAAAACACCAUAAAACCUGUUCGUGGGGGGUACUGUUAUUCUCGGGAGACUUCACUAAACACAAAUAUUAGUGUUUUAAAACAGUAAAACAUAUUACAAUAAUAUAGUCCAUAAAAGUGCUGUUCGUUUGUAAAAAAUGCAAAAAACUUCACUUUCACUUAAAAUAUCAUCGUUGUAAUACAAUUUACCAGUUUGAAACCCUAAUAUUUGAGUUCAGCGAAGUCUCCUGAGUAAAACAGUACCCCCUAUGUACAGGUUUUAUGGUGUCUUGUUGGAGAGUUAGAGGGUCAAAUAUAGUGCUUGCGAAUUAAAUUCUCUGCACUUUCUCCCUGUGUUGUCAGGCAUGUCAAUCAAAUUUUAAUUAAAUAACAUAAUUAUGUUAAAAAUUAUUUAAAUGUACAUGUAGAAUUUUAAUAUGCAUUUAUAGGUAAUUAAAUUCUACAUGUAUACUAAUGUAAUUAUGUGUGUAAAAAAAAAAAAAAUAUAUAUAUAUAUAUAUAUAUUUUGUUUUUUAUUAUUAUUUUAAAACCUUUUUUUAAAAUUUUUUUUUUUUUUACACUUCCCACCAGCAGGGGGCUGUCUGACAGCUCAGACAGUCCCACUGCUGGCAGUUCCACAGCCUGCUAUAGGGGGCCAUGUGAUCUCUUUGAGAGCGAUCACAUGGCCCCGGGGGGCCUAAUUUGCCGGGGGAGGGCUGCCUGGGCUGUCAGGCAGCCCUCCAGAAGAGGAUCGCAGCGGAGGGAAGUACGCCGGACCUCCAGGGGCUCAAAGCCGUUACGGCGCUCUAUGCCGCCGCAACGGCUUUAAAGCCCACUUAAUGCGGGACAGCAUAUAUAACGCCUUAACGGGUUAACAGAUGUCCACAAAAGUUAUGGGUAUACAAAAUGCUUCAUGGUAUUUAAGGGAGACAAAAGUGGCUACACUCGCAGAUCAGGGAAACAAUAUGGCACACUUCCAUAUUUUUUGGAGAUGUACUUAUGCAUUUUAUACAUUUUUAGGUGGUUGGGGCAAAAGUGGUUACAAAUGCUCGUAGUCCUGGUGCACGUUGUUAUGGAUUUGUCACAAUGUCCUCUUCUGAGGAUGCAACCAAAUGUAUAACCCACCUUCACAGAACUGAGCUACAUGGAAGAAUGAUCUCUCUGGAAAAGGUUAGUGGGGGCAAUAUAUACUAGUGCAAGUUUAAAGUAUUUUGGUGGUAAUGGUUCUGUCAAGUACAGAUUUAUAUAUUCACAUUUUAAAAAAUUAUGCAUAUUCUCAAUGUAUAUUUUAUUUUUGGGGGGGAGGGGGAGAUUUGGCUAGGUUAAAGGGUAUGAGGGUAGUUAUGCCUAAGCUCAACACAUCAGGAUUCAUUGUUCACCUGCAAUUUGUGCUAGGUGAAAGUACAGAGAUUUGUGCCUCUGUUACCUUUAGUAUCUUCAUCUGGUGCAGUGAACGGGAUUGGAAUAGUAUGCAUUUUUAGCUCCCUUGUACAUUUAGAUGUAAUUUGACUGUUCCAGAUUUUGAGGAGAUUGUCAGAUCAUGAUUCUCACGUUUCAGCUGUGAUCGUAAAUUUUGAGGUCCUCUUACUGCUGUUUCUUGUGGAAUGGUGCAUGCUGUUUUCGUGGGAUAUAACUCCCAUCAGUCCCAGGUAGAUUGUCUGAGCACUACCUGUAGUUCAAGAGUUUUCUGUAACCACCAAAUUUAAAGUAAACACUUUCAGGGUUUCACACUGUGUGAAAUGUUGGAAAUUAAUUCAGCGUGAAUUUCUACUUUAAAACCAAAAUAGAUGAACUGGAAGCAGAAUACUGUUACUUGGAUACAUUUUGACCUUGAAUUAGAAAUUAAUGGAUUCAAAUAAUCACCCUGAUAGACUUAACAACCCUCAUCCUUUGAAACAGGCAUAGAUCUUAUCAUAUUGCUUGACUUAAUGUUUUACGCUUGGUGUAUGUGCCAAAUAGAUCUGCAUUAGUGUGGUAUGUUUCCAAUAUUCUCGAUAAAUUACUUUGUUUUUUCAUAUGCAGUGAUCAAUGUGUCCUAAGUUUGAAUUAUUUAUUUUAAGGCUAAAAACGAGCCUGCUGGAAAGAAACCUGAAAAGAAAGAAAAUGAGCCAAAGAAAGAAAAGACUUCUAGCAAUGACAGGCGUACAUCAACUGAUAACAAGUCCGAAAAGUAAGUAGUGAUAGUUUAAUGCAGGAUCACCACUUGUUGAGUAUUUAUUUGCUAAAUACCUGCUUGGGUCAGUAUUGCUCUGAACAUGGAAAUGUAGUAUGGGGAGUGCAUUUGGGUGGUCACUUCACAUGAGAAUUGGUGGUCCACUGUAAGAAACACUUGUAACUUGGUUAUCUUCUGGUCAUUUACCAUUCUUAGUUAGCCCUAAAAUGUCUAAUGCACAUGGUGUCGUUGGGCUACAUGUAAACCUCUGCAUUUCACAUGCAUAAACUUUCUAAAAAAAACUUUUAAAACUUUCUAGUAUUUUCUAAAGAAUUUCUUUGAAUCCAUAUAUUCAUAUUUACUGGCUGACAGACAACAGUUCCUGAAAGUCUUCCCCAACCUUUUGUUACAAUAGUUGUAAGCACCCAAUUGUUCAGAAUAUAUUUGUAUCCUGUAGCCUUAGGAUGAUCCUUCACAGUAACGAAGGGGCCUAGCUUAAACCCUGGGAACAAUUACACACUGUUCUCACUCAGACUUAAUCAGUAGCUCUAUGCAUUGCAUUAAAUAGUGUAUUCCUGUCAUCUGCCAGCCCAGAUAAACAGUAAAGUGUGAUUCAUCACUUUAGAGAACAUGUUCUACUGCUCCAGAGUCCAGUAGCAUGUUUUACACAACUUCAGCCAAUGCUUGCCAUUGCAAGUGUUGAUGAAUCGCCCAGUGUGCAGUUCUUAUACUGGUGUGGCCACCAGAGGCAGUUUGAAACUCUAAUGAGUUAUGAAUCGGGUACAUUUAUGAUAGAGAUAUAUAUCUAUUAUUUUUUUUAACUAUGUUUACCUUGUGAAUGGAAUGUUUUAUCCUAGACUCUUCCAAUUCAAAAUAAUGGCACUUAGAGCUGACAGAAGCAGAUCUAAUAGGACAGACAUUUUAUUUGCCUAUGAAAGCGUUUUGUUACGUUCUACCACUCUGUGGAGAUUGCAUUGCUUAUGCUGGAUUUUAUGCACAUGUUGGCAAUGGGUGAGACUGAAAUAACUGUAAUUAGUAUGGAUAUUCAAAUACUUUGGCCAUAUAUAAUUUAUAUUGUAGGAAUUUAUAAUUAAGGGUAUUCCAGGGUUUUGUUUUUAAUUUUACCGCGGUCAUUCUAAACAGAAUGUCUGUGAUGGCUGGUGACCUUAGCCGGCAGUCUUGGUUAAACGUUUAGAGAUUUGAACACCAAUACUGUGUGUUCCUUAAUAGGAUUACCAUAGUUUAUCUACUAAAUUGGACCUUUAUGCUUAAGUGUUCUAAUUAACUACAAAUAAGGCAAUACAUAAUGGAAAAUGGAGUGUCUAAAAGACUAAUGCAACACUAUAAAAUAUACUGUUCAGCUGACUUCCUGUCUUAGAGUGUGAAGUAAAAGUGUGAAAUUGGAGGUUAUUAGGCAUCAUUCAAUCUUUUCUGGCAGAAUAAUCCACACCUUAUCUUGCACUUGCUAAAAAAUACAAUUUUGCAAUACUGAAUAUUUUUCUUUCUUCCAAGACAAAAAAACCCCUCAAGUCUUCAUUAUUAAAAUGUUAAAAAUCCAGGUCUGAAGAUACUGAUCUUCAGGUACUGAUACACUAACAGUCACCACAUUAAAACCACUGACUGGUGAGGUGAAUAACUGAUUAUAUUGUUAGAGUGGCACCUGUCAAGGGGUGUGAUAUAAUAGGCAGCAAGUGAGCAAGUCUGAAUUUCGUGUUUUGGAAGCUGGAAAAAUGGGCAAAGGUCAAAUCGUGAAGGCUAGACUGUCAGUCAAUUUUUGUGGGGUGUUUCUGGUUCAUAGUGGUUAACUACCAAAAGAGUGGCAAGGAAGGACAAGCUCUGUACCAGUGUAAGGGUCAUGGGUGUCCAAAACUCAUUCAUGCACGUGUGGAGCAAAGGCUAGCCCAUCCGGUCUGAUAAGACUUACUGUGCUAAACGCUAGCCAAUGCUGUGUGCACCUAUCUAGACAGACAAUGUAACAUCUUUACAGAAAUGGUGUCUUUGUCCUCUUUCAGUUGGAUAAUGCACCCUGCCAUACUGUUAUGCUCCUCAAACCAUUCCUGCACUAUGUUUGCAAAGAGUUCAUGGUGUUGCCUUGCCCUCCAAAUUCAUCAUAUCUCAAUUCAACUGUGGGAUUUGCUGCAACAAAUCAGAUUCGCUGAGGCCCCACCUCACAUCUUACAGGACAUUAAGGUUGCUAAUGUAUUGGUGCAAGAUAGCACAGGACACGUUCAGAGGUCUUCAGGUGUCCUCAAUGCUGUUUUGGCAGCGCAAGGGGACCUACAGGAAUUGGGCAGGUGGCUUUUAUAGAAUAUACACAAUCAGUGGAUGCUCUAUAAAAAAGAAAAAUAAACCUUGGAUCAUGGUACAUGGCUGACAUUUUUUGAACUGAAAACUUUUAUAGUGAGCUGCGGCAUUAGUCCAACAGGAUCACACAAAUCUUAAACUUUUAAGUGUAAAAAAAUACUAUAUGGCCGAAUGUUAAGGUUUUUUUUUCAUUUUACCUCUUUGUUUGACAUUGUUUCACUUGUAUGCUUUGAGUUCAUCUCCACUUCUUUGUCCAUUAAAUAUCUUAGAUCUCAAAUGUGUUUUUUGUGUGGGGUGUUUGUGUUUUUUUAUUUUAUAUAUUUUAUUUUUUUUAUACCGGUCUAAAUGAUCACUGGCUCCUCAGUGAAAGUAGGUGCUACUCUAAGGGGAACCAAUUUUUUUUUUUUUCUUUCUGAUUACAAUGGUUGACAUGGUUUUGCUUUAUUCUGUAGAGCGAUCCAGCUUCUGCUGCUGCUCUGUGAAACCUAGGUAAAUUGUCAAACUGUGCUAAAACUACUGUUUGUCACCUUACCGUGGGUUGAUGCCAGGGCACUCCUGACACCAUAAUCUCUAUAUCGAGCUAUAUUGUUUAUGGUGCUUGGAGCGUUGCUUUCAUAAAACAUUCACUUUUUUAUUUUUCUUGGCUAUAACCUUUUAACAGAUUAAUAUGUAACUAUGACACAAAUGUACAUCUUUUAAUGUGCAAAUGAUAUUGGCAACUGUGUUAGGUCCUCACCGGUGAAGAAAGAUGAAGCGGCUGCUAAAGAUGAUGCUAAACCCGAAGAAAAAGAGGAUACUGAAAAAGACAAGGAAGAACCCAAGUCUGGAACAGAUCGUUCUAGAACUAGCAAGUCAGGUAAAUUGGUCUUUGAAGAGUCGACUUUUUUAGUACUGUUGUGUUUUGGUUUUUUUCUCUUUAAUAUCUUUGACAAAUCUAUGCAUUAUCAGUUUGUGUGGUAAACUGGUAUCUGCAUGUACAGAAACUUUUUUUUUUUUAGUUUUUUUUUUUGGAUAGUAAAAACUACAAGAAAAGACUCACUCCUAGCUGGGGGGGAAAAACUGGCAAAUAUUAAUUGUAUUGUCAUUAAAGGGAAGAGUUUUAUGUACCAUAAUCUUUUAUCAGAAUGUUUUUGAGUGGCUUGACCAAGUCUACUGAGCUAUGGUGGCUUGGCCCCUUGGUAAAUUCCUGCAUUAGCAGUAUACAUUUUAUCAAAGUGUUUACACUAUUCAUUGACUGCAUGUGUCGACUGAUGCUCAAUCAAUGGAAACUGCCCUAAUGCUGAUGGAAUUGAUAAUGCUUGUGAGUAGUUACAUUUGAAAAGUGCCAUUAUAUGCAGAUAUAUAGUUGAUCUAGUUGAUUUCCUGUCUUCUUUUUUUUUCACUGAACAUUUUUCUCUGGAUCUUUUUCAUGCGGCUUUUAGGAAGUAGAGGAACAGAACGUACGGUUGUCAUGGACAAAUCAAAAGGCGAGCCGGUUAUAAGUGUUAAAACAUCAACUGACUCAAAGGAAAGGGUAAGGGUUCAAAUUAAACUAGUAUAAAGCUAAGCUUUUCUGGGAAAUGUAGGCUCAGAAUAGUUGAAAUUUUUUAUUUUGUUUUAAAUCUAUUUUUAAAUCUGAGUUUACUAUUCAGAAACCCUGUGUGCUUUCAGGACUUUCACACUCCUUAUAACUUCUACUUUAGAUGGCUUACACACUGUAUUCAUGAAAAUAUACAUUGCCUAUUUUCUUCUAAAAGUUCAUGUAUGUGAGGGGAAGAGCACUUUUAUGGUUUACUGCAUUCUAGCAAUUAGUUUGGACGUUUUUGUUUUGAACAAAUUAUAACUUGAGCAGUUAAAAGCAAUUUGUAUGAUUUUCUGUUUGUGUUUUGCCGUUUUGCAUGACCUUUUCUAAUGCUUAGAAAAAUAGCUAAUAUUCCACCUUCAUAACUUUUCUUUCCACUAUAGAGUUCUAAAAGUCAAGAUCGCAAGUCUGAGAGUAAAGAAAAGAGAGACAUACUCUCAUUCGAUAAAAUUAGAGAACAAAGGGAGAGAGAGAGACAAAGGCAACGAGAGAGAGAAAUAAGAGAGAUGGAAAGGCAACGGUAAGGGCUUUAAUUUGCCACAAUCAUUACUAUAUUGGCCCAAAUUGAAUCACUGCUGAUUGGUUUUUGUGCCAAGAUUUGUGAGGAUAUAGUUUUACCUAAGCUCUGUUACUUUAGGCAUCUUAUACCUUCACACUUACUUUUAAUUCUAAUUAAAAAUCAAAUUUUAAGAGAUCAUUAUUAAAUUAAGAAUUCAAGAUAUAGAACCAAUACUUUGUAAAAUGGAAAGUAGCUGCAUAGUCUUACGAGGGUGGUGGUGGUGGUAGUAUUGAAUAAUAUUUUCAAGAGUGAUUGAAUGGUGAACAAAAAGUGCUCUACUAUCUAUUAAAAAAAAUUGAGCCCUGCGCCCAAAAUCCAUAUUCAUACAUUAAAAAAACCAAAGGAAAUUGGAUAGUAUGCAAUAUUUAUUUGUUAGUUUUAACUGCUCUAAUAAACCUUGGUGGUUAUAUUUGCAACUAGUGUCAGAAAUCCGCCAACAUAAUUUAAAGACUUGACCUAUUUUAAAAAAAAUCUUUGUUGUGAAAUCAUACAAGGCAGACAAAUUUUUCACAAUUUUGAUAUAAAGUUAUAUAAAUCCACGCAGCGCAUAUAGUGAAAUUGUCUUAAAAGAAAACUCACAGGUAGGAGUUACGUGGAGGAAAAAAUACUUUGCUUAUGUUCAUUUCUCACUACUCUUACAUCAAUUUAAUUAUCCCUCUUAUCCCUAUUUUCUCUUUUAAACAGGGAACGGGAUAGGAGAGCAAGAGAGAGAGCCAUUAUAAUUCGUGAAAGAGAAGAGCGAGAGAGGCUCCGCAGGGAACGUGCUAGACUUGAUUUUGAAAGGGAACGUUUAGACCGAGAACGAAUGGAACGAGAGAGACUGGAAAGAGAGCGAAUGCGAAUAGAGGAUGAGAGGAGACUAGAACAGGAGCGAAUUCAGAGGGAAAGAGAGGAACUGAGACGCCAGCAAGAACGACUUCGUUAUGAGCAAGAUCGAAGACCUGGCAUAAGAAGACCGUAUGAUAUAGAUUUAAGGUAUCGUGUAAUCACAAAAGAAGCUUUUGAGCUGUAUUUGAAUAUCCUUGUUAUCAGCACAUUACUAAAUUUAAUUCAGGUCUAAAUGUUGUGCGUGUGUAUUUUUUAAUUGGGGGACUAAUUUUUUUUAUCAUUAUUUUAAGAAGAGAUGAUGCACAUUGGCCUGAAUCAAAGCGCAUUGCAUUGGAUGAACGGUAUCGUGAUUUUGGAAGACAAGAACGCUUUCAUGAUUUUGACAGAGAACGUGGUAGAUACCCAGAUCACUUGCACAUAGACAGGUCAGUAACUUUUUGAUGCUCAGUUGGUUUGAGCAGCACUCUCUAUUCUCAUUUUGUUUUGUAAAUUGAAAGAUAUGUCCACAGUGAACAGUGGGAAUGUUGCCCUGGUCACAGAGCAGGCAGGUGCAGUAAUGAAUGCAUGAGGAAAGAGUGGUUGUUUACAGGGAUUACAAUUUGCCACAUGUAACUGUUCUACUUGAUUUGCAUUUCAUUGUCCCCUCUAUAACACUAUUGCUCAAUUUUCACAUUUAGAUUUUGACGGAUCCCUCCUAUUAUCUUACCUUUACAUUAAAUUGAGCAGUGUCAAGAAUGCCGUCACACAGCUGUAUUCUACAGAUAUGUCACAUCAUGCAUCACUGCUGUGUGAGCUUCUAGAAGCCUGAUCUUUACAAGCACAGCUCAUGUGGUUGUGCUUCACUACCUUUUCCUUCCAUGUGCAAGAAUGUUGUUAACUCCCCUCCUACCCAGUGUCUGUAUGUAGUAUGUGGACAGGCUAGGCUUCCUUGCAAUUUAUGCUUGCAGGUGGAGAGAGUGCUCGUGGAAAUGGCGCAUAUUAAUAUUACAAUUGUUCCUAGUAACUGGGUCUUCUGAUUAUCGGAAAGUGUAAUGAAAUCUACACUUUUUUAACUUAUAUUUGCUUUUUUUAUCUUAGGAGGGAUGAUUCAAGGUCUGGUCUUGGAGGUAGAGACGGGGUAAGUGUUUCUUCCUUUUUGAGAUGCCUGCCUUUUAUUUCAGCAGCUUUUUCCCCCAGGUAUACAAGUACAAUUGGCUAUACAAGUAUGACUAAUUCACUGUCUUAUAGCUACAUUUCCUUAUGCCUUCUUUGCCAUUUAAAUAUCCCUAUUUUUGUAUUUCCCAAAGAAUUAUUCUGAACGACAUGGGAGAGAAGGUUGGGGAGGCUAUGACCGUCGUGUCAAUGAAGGCAGAGGCAUCCAAGCACCAGGAAGGUUAGUUUUAAUUUUAUGUAUUUUGGGGUUACUAAUUCUUUCUUCUUCUUCUUUUUUUUUAUUUUUUUUUUUAUUGGUAAUGUAUACAUACUGUAGUACAGGGAUUCCCAAGUAAUUUUUCCCGAACCCUUUGACAUAGUGUAUCACACAUACUCAUUGACAAGAACAGAUACAUUCUCACUGACAAACACAUACAAACUCCCUAACAGACACACUUUUUUUUUUUUUAUUUUUUUUUUUUACAUUUUACUCCACUCAGCCCCCCUACCUUUAGGAGUGCUGGCAUGGGGUCCAAUGGGGCUGCUGAACAGCUGGUGUGCAGUGAUCCUCAGCUCCGUCGCGUGCCUCUUAGUGAUACCGGAGUGACGUCAUAUUCCGGCUCCAGCACCACUGCUGUGCGCGCAAGGGAGCUGAGCAGGGGCAGGGAGAUCACUGCUCCCUCGCCGCCUGCUGCCAUUUUAUUUUCACAUCUUUUGCCGGAACACCAAUUGGGAAACACUGCUCUAGUCUCUAAAAAGUGAAAAUAUCCUUUAAUAUCAUGCAUAUGCCUUUAAGUACUGAUUUUAAUUUCAAUUACAGUCUUUAAUAUUAAAAAAAAUAUAUAUUCUUUUUCAGAGAUGGCCGUGAUUGGGGAGAUCAUGGGCGUAAAAUUGAAAUGGAUAGAACAAGGCCAGGUGCUGUAGAUGGUAUUGCUGGAAGAGACCAUGACAGGUGGCAAGGUGGGCUUCAUGUUCUGUUGCAGAUUUUGCUUCAAAUUGUUUUAUUUUCCAUUGUCAUUUGCAUGCCAUAUAACUUUUAAUAUCGUGCAAAAGAGAAAAAACAAACUUGUCUUUGGAUACACACUUUUUAAAAUGUAAUUCAAAACUCAUAGAAGUAUAGGGUGAUAAGUGUACAGCACUAUGGAAUGUGAUGGCGCUAAAUAAAUAAGAAUGUAGAUUUACAUUUUUUUUAUUACAAUUCGUUAUUUUAUGGUUUUAAAUUAUCUUGAUUUUUGAAGUUUGUACCUAUAAAUUAUUUUUUAAUAAAACCAUUGAAUAAGUAUUCAUUCAUUGGUCUAAAAAUAAUUUGUGCAAUUCCUUUAUAAUGAUAGCUAAGCCUGGACACCUGGGUCAUAGUCUGCAUGAUGCACAGAGUGCAGGGUUUAGUCUGGUGGACAAAGGUAGACUAUUAAAUAGUGGAAGCACAGAAUCAUCCAGGUGUACUUUGCUGAUCUGAUCAGUAAUAACUUGCUUAUAGUUGUGAAUGUUUUUUUUUUUUUUUUUUUUCCUCUACAUGGGCAGAAGUCAGAGAUAAUGGUUUUAUCUUGCUCCAAGAUUAGUGUUAGACCAGAAAUUCAAAUUCCUGAGAUGGCACGGCACUGAUACACACAUCUGGCCAUAUACUUUGGUCCCCUCCAGGAUGCUAAAUGCUUUGCUUUAAACUCAACAUAUUUAUAGUGUCUGUCACUUGCCUUUCUCCUAUUGUGUCCUCUUCUCUACCUCAUUCAGGAUUUGAUUUUUUUUUUCUCUUAAAAUGUAGGAACUACUUUGUCUUAUGUAUUUUCCCCACCUAGGCCAUUGAUAUAGGAAGCUGAGCGUGCCUUAAACUCCACCCUUUUGUCAAAAUUCUUAGGUGUAGGAAAGAUACAUACAAUAAGGCAGUCCCUACUUGUUGGAAAGGCUAAGGCUUAUGUUAGAAAAUGAACAGAUUGUGAAAGAGUAAGAAGUUGAAACAAUAGGAAAAGGGUAAGGUAAAGUUGAGGUGACAGAUCCACUUCAAUCUCUCUGUAUUAUGGAGCAUCUCAAGCAGCUCUUAACGUGGUCUGCAAAUCGUGAUGACUGAUGAAAAUGUAGGCAGGUUAUACGGCAUGUUAUUUGGCCCCUGUGGACAAUGCACUUUUAUGGUUAGUCAACUGUGCCAGCUUGUUAGUGCAAAUUUUUUUAUUUUUUUUACUUUUCUUUUUUUUUUUAAUUUUUUUUUUUUAAAUCCAAUUUGUUUCCUUGCUCUGUUUGAAGUAAUCCAUUAACUGGAUUAAUUGUGAUAUAUUUUUCUAUAAUUUAGUGUUGGUUUUAAUACACAAAUGAGUAAUCGUCAAAUGAUUGUGUGGUAAUUUUCUCAUCAUACUAUGUUUAUGUAUCAAAAAUUCUAAUCUUUAAUAUUGUUACUUAUGAAAUUGCAAAUAUUUUUAAGGCAUUGGUGUUGUAUACUAGAUAAGUUUGCACUACUCAAACUCUGGCAAAUGUAAGAUGAUGCAAAUUAUUAAAUACUGUAUUUGUCUCUUUUUAGGAGAUCGUGGCAUGCCUGGUUCAUCAGGUCAAGGGAACAUAAUGGGUAGAAGUGGCAUUCCUGGGUAAGCAAAUAUAAUUAUACAUACCUGUACAUAUGUUUUGAUCUUGGUCAACUCUUUUUCAAAGUAGAAUAGUGGGGGUGGAGGGGUUCAUUCCCUCCUUCAACCAUGCCAAUUACGAAGAUAAUUGAUACUGUCAGUAAUAUUUCCAUCGGACUGCAGGGGUUUAGGAGAUUGCACAGGUCCUUUCAUUGUUUGCAAUAUGAAGUGUUUGGUAACCUUGUUAGCAUACACUGCAAAAGAAACUCUACAGGAAAUUGAAGAUAUGGUUUAAUCUAAAACGUUUUCCUGCUUUACUAUCUGUUUCCUGCAAAAAUUGAAAUAAUUUUUUUUUUUUUUUUGUUGUUGUUAUAUAACAGAUUUCUACCGGGUGAAAGUUCUCAGGGCCUAUCUGCAGCAUUGGGAAUUCAAGGAGGAAACUUUGGAGGGCAAAACAGACCCAAUGACCCUCGAUUUGGCAAUCGCUACUGAAUAUUUAAUAAAAUUUGGUUUUUAAUUCAAUGGAUAACUAAUGGAGAAGAUGACCAAGGCUGGUUGUUCUGGGUUUUUUUGUUUUUUGUUGUUUGUUUUACUUUUUAAGUUGGUUGUUUUGGAUUUCCGUGACUAGACCUUUUUGCCUUGUAAUAGACUUUUUGUUCUUAAGCCAUUAAAACACACAUUUGUUUCUGUCAAUGAAACAUUCCAUUUAAUAAUAAAAGAAUGACUACCCUUUGUGAAUUACUUUAAAGUGUGGUCCUUUCCAGUUUUGCUACAGUUGUUUUUUUGUGUUUGUUUUUGUUCUUGACUCUUACUCUAGUUCUAUCCCUAAUUACAGAAGUUGUUUUACUGCCCUUUCCCACACACAAUCUAUUUAAUAUUUCAUGUUAACAAGGGAAAUCUUAUACUUACAUACUUUAAUUUCCUUUCCUUGUACUUUAACUUUUUUCUGUGUAUCAAUUUUUUUUAUUAAAUGUUCAUUCAGUG